AUGGAUGUUAUGAUUGAAUUAUUUACUAUUAAAAAUAAUGGUAUACAUUUAUUAAUCGAUAAACCAUUCGAUAAACUAUUUUGUUAUGUACUAUAUGAUGAAAAUUUUAUUCAAUCAAUUAAUAUUUUUAAUAAAGAAGUAAUUGUUAGAAAUGAAUCAGAUAAUCGUCUAUAUAUAAAUUCUUUUAUGUUAAAAGAAUCUAUAUAUAAUGAUCUAUCAAUAACACGUGAAAAUAUGUCGUCAACAUUUCAAAUAGAUACAAAUAUUUUAAAGGCAAGUGUUGAAACAACAAUUAAACAUCAAAUAUUAUCAGAUAAUUUAUUUAAUAUUGAUAAUGUAAUGAAAAAAUUUCAAAAAUUUAAUCGUUUUAUUAAUAUUAAUAAUAAUAUAUUAACAGAAAAAUUUAUAUUUGAAGAUUGGUUUGAAUAUUUUCGUUUAUUUGCUGAUGCAUUUAUUACAAUGCUUGUAGCUAUUGAAGAAUCAAAUAAUGAAGAGAUUUAUAAUUUACAAGAAUCAUAUCAUGCUAAAUUAGCAACAUAUCGUAAAAUGAUUAAUGAAAAUAAAGAUAUAGGCUUAACUUUAUGUACAAAAGAUCUAUUUCUUGAUAGUGAAUUACUUCUAAAACAUAUUUUAUUAUAUAAUCCAUUUUUAGCAUUAUUAUUUAAUUUUCAUAUAGAACAAAGAAUUGAAAAUAUUUUAAAAGAUUUAUUAGAAUUUUUUGAUAUAAGUUAUAAUUAUAUUUCUAAAAAUAUGAAAAUAACUACACCAAAAAUAAGUCAAGAUUGGGUACCAUCGAUUCGUUUAGAUUUUAUGCCUGAUAUUAUACAAUCAUUUUUAAAACGACUUUUAGAAAUAAAGCGUCAUGAUUUAUAUAAUCUUAUGUUAACUGGUAUUAUUUAUCUUGUACCAAAAAGUCAUAAUUCUGAUUUUGAAUUUCGAUAUUCAUUUUCAUAUAUGGAA